AUGGUUGAUUACUACCAAACGCUCAACGUCCCACAAACUGCCUCCUCAACUGACAUUAAAAAGGCGUACAGGAGGAAUGCGCUGAAAUGGCACCCAGAUAAGAACCCAGGAAACAAGGAAUAUGCUGACAGAAAAUUCAAGGAAAUAGCAGAAGCAUAUGAAGUGCUGUCAGAUGAUUAUAAACGUGACCUUUAUGACCUCUAUGGAUUGGAGGGUCUUCUAGAUCUAAGUACAGGAACAGGACUAUAUCAGAGCACAACUGGGACCCCCGAUCUCAUGUUCACCUUUCGGGAUGCUGAUGAGGUCUUCAGAGAAUUUUUCGAAGGACAAGAUCCCUUCACCGAGAUCCUUGAAGACUUUUCCUCCUAUUCUGAUCAACCAGGAGGGGUAUCUACAUGGACCAUGCCAGGAAGUGGCACUUUUUCCUAUUGCUCCUAUAAUGCUCCAGGCCAGACAGAUUUCUACACUACCUUUGGGCCUGGUGCUGAACUGGGAAUAGGAUUCCACUCCAUCUCCACUUCUACAAAGUAUGUCAAUGGCAAACGGAUAACCACCAGGAGGAUUCUUGAGCAUGGACAGGAGAAGGUAGAAAUUGAUGAGGAUGGGCUGCUCAAAGUGGCAGAAGUACAAGACCCCACCAAUGACUUGACAGCCACAGUAGAACCUAUCCAGCAGGAGCAACCUGAGGUCUUGAGCUCUGCAGUAGACAUCAGGGCCCUACCACGACCACAGAGUGCUGGAUCCUCUUUUGCCUAUCCUGCCAGUGAAGACAAGCAAUUGCAUCGGGCCAUGGCCUAUAGUCUGUCUGAGAUGGAGAAUGUGGGGCAGUACUUAGCACUUGCCCAUUGCUCCAAGAAAAGACGAGGUACCACUCGGCGAACACAGACAAGAAUUCUGGGACCCAGUGAGGAACUGGCUGCUGCUCCAUUGGCCAUCAGAGCAAAGAGUCCAGGGGCAGGAGACAACAUUGAGAAAGAGAAGGAACACAAGCCACCUGAAGGGCCAAAGGUAGAAAUCAUUGUAGAGGUACCAAAGAGCCCAACAGAGAAAGACCACACUGUCCUCAAUGAUGUGCAGUAUGUCUUUCCUGAGACUGUUCCUUCCCGCAGAGAGAGGGAAUCAAUCAUGUGCAUCAUUCUCUGA